AUGAAGCGGGGGGACGUUGCGAUUCAAAGAGCGACCGCCCAUGCAUGGCGCAAUCCGAGUCCGGACUCUUGGGUGCGCAUGUUGUAUGUCUUGCAGGAAUCAAAACCAAUCACUAUAGGUGGCAAAGAACUCGACGAAGAUUAUGGCGAUAUGCCGCAGGACGUCAAGUCUUCUGGACGGUAA